UUUUCAUUUGCUUGCUUUAGACCCGAAACCCGUCGUCUUCUUCCCUUCUUCCUCAUUAUUCUCUCGUUAGGUCCACGUCUUUGGUCCUCAAUUUUGAUUUCACCAUUCUUAGUAUUGGACUCCAAUCUUAUCCCACUCUCACCAUUUCUCAACUUAAACAACAAGUUCUCACCUUCUCUCUCUUCCUAUAUAGUAUUUAUAACUCGGUUCUUCAUUCGUCCAUAUCAUAAUUCAUCUUUUCGUCUGUGAUUUUUUAGAAUCACUGUAAAGCAAAGAAAACCAUUUGGGUUUUGCUACAUUUUUCACAAUCUUCUUAAUUCUGAUCUGGGUUUUGCAUUUUGUUAAUAUAUACAUUUCAAGAAGGUAUCUUUUUUUUUUCCCUGAGAAGUAGCCAUGGGGGAUUGGGACGAUUCAGGAACAGUGCAAAUAACAGGAAAGAUCAUGGUGUUGGGCAUAAUCAUUCUAUUUAUUGUAGUGGUUUUUGUGCUCUUUCUUCAUCUCUAUGCAAAAUGGUUUUGGUGGCGCAUUGAAGAUCCAACUCCUCCAUCACCCUCUCGCCGGAACCGUCGCCGUUUCGUUUUUACCCCUGGUCAGGACCAAGUGCGGAGAGGGCUAGAACUUUCCGUCCUUAGAUCCCUACCUAUGGUAAUUUUCCAAUCCAAAGACUUCAAAGAUGGUUUAGAAUGUGCAGUUUGCUUAUCUGAAGUUGCUGAAGGGGAAAAGACGAGGUUGCUGCCUAAAUGCAACCAUGGAUUCCAUGUAGAUUGUAUAGAUAUGUGGUUUCAGUCCCACUCUACUUGCCCUCUCUGUAGAAACUCAGUAGCACCAUUAUCCGAAUGCUUCAGUGUGGACGCUAAUGAUUUGCAAGAGAAUAUUCAGUCUCCAGACGAAAUUUUGGCUUCUGUGUUGUCCACAGAAUCACCGAAUUUUCCCACAAAUGUUUUGUUUUGGGGCGACCAGACUCAAGUAAGCACUGGCGGCGGUGGCGCAGGCGGUGGCUUGGAAGAAGGAACUUCCACUGAAGGACCCUCUUUUUCUUCUCCUUCUUCCGCUGCUUCUUCUGCUAGGCAAGAUGAGAUGAUGGUUAUUGAUAUACCUGUGCAAGCGAGUGACAAUUUUCCUGAGGAAGAAUCUAAAUCACCAAUGCCUGCACAAAGGCUAAGAUCAUUGAAGAGGCUUUUAAGCAGGGAAAAAAGGGUGGCUCCUAGUAGUUCUAGUAGCUCUGUUGAUGUCUAACCAGUGAGGAGGAGAAAUGUAUUUUAUAUGUAAACUUGAAAGAAAGAAUCAAACGAGUGCUUAUGGAUGACCGAAGAUAUUUCAUCAUCUCGUCAACAUUGGCUUGGUUUGAUUGGAGUUGCUGAAAUUGAACUCUUCUCAUUAUCAUCCUUAAGAAUUGUUGCUCCCUUUUGGAGGUAAAGAUAAACUCUCUUCUAGAUUUGCUCAGUGUUUUCUGAAUUUUAAUACUGAGAAGUCUGAGAUGAUCAAGUCAGAUAUUGCUGGUAGCGAUGGUUUUGGAACAGAGGAUUAGGAACAAAUGUUUGAAAUGAAUAUACUGUGUGAGAAUUGAGAAUUGAGAACUGAGGAGAGAGCUACUAGCCUGCUAGGCUUGGCAGGUUUUCUGUUAAAAGAAUGUGAAGCAAUCCAUCUUGUGCUACUGAAGAUAUAUUUCCAUUACAUUCUUGUUUCAAAUAUUGAUUCAUCUGUUACAAAGCUGCUAAUCCAUUUAAAUGCCAUGAAUUGAAUUUGUUUUAUUUGC